AUUAGGUGGUAUAAUUAUGGUACAUAAAAAAUAAAGACAUGCGAGGAAACGAAUCGAGGAACAAAAAUAAGACGCCAAAGAAAAUGGGUGUGCGGUAAUCAUUUUUUAAUCAAAAUUCAGAGGUGAAAUGGCUGAAGCUUUCAAUGCAUGAUAAGAUGUUUGACCAUGGUUAAAUCCACAUAUGGCUUCAAGCUGCACUGGUAGUUGAAAGUUGAAGCUUUUACCAAACCCCGUCCCCCCCGCAACUCUGCUAGCCUUUCGCCGGCUUCUACGUCCACUUGGAUUCUCUAUCUCUCACUCUGUGAAAUCAUGGGUUCUCUUUGUUCGAGCUCAGUUGCUAAUUCUUAAGAGCUUUAUAUGAUUUACCAUCUGGAUUAGUGUAAUUUGGCUAAUCCAAGAAACUCUGAUUUCCCCAAAAUCAAGUGUCCUGCUUUCCUUCUAGCUUUCUAGCUGGGUUUUGGGCAGUGAAGAUUUUGCUUAAAGAUUGCUGAUUAGUUUAAGUAAAUUUAAUCUGUUUUCUGGGCUCUUCGUCCAAUGAUUAAAAGAAGUGAAAAGAAUCAAUUUUUAAACCCAAAGUAGCUUAAUUUAGAGGGUUUUCAGGGAUCCUUGGAACCCAUUAAAGAAUUACUUUGACUGCGUGCUUUUUAUGUUUUAAUUUAAAAUCUGCAUAUUUUAUUUUCUUGUUGAUAGAGACUUUAGUAUUUAAAGUAAGAUUUUAUUCUGUAAAAUUAUAUAACUGUGAGGAAUAUAUAUUUCUUUUCUUUUUCCCACUAUAGGUUGAACUGGGAUUGUCUUAUACUGGGGGUUUUUGGUUGGGAGUUCACGUCUUCGUCUUCAAUCACUCUUGUUUCUUGGCAUUCUAUAUAUACACAUAUAUGUAUUAAUUUCUGGUGCUUUGAUCUCAGCACAAAUGGCUCGUUUACUAAUCCGUAAUCGGACUUUGUAAGAUCAAUGAUUUCUGUGUUCUUGAAGCUGUGUGCCAUUUCAGAAUAACAGUGAUUUUCCAGCUCCUCGCAAUGCCUUUUUCCGAGCUUUAUCGGAUGGCCGGAAGGGUUGAUUCAAGUCAAGAUUUUGAAAAUGAUUUUCUUGAGUUGGUAUGGGAAAAUGGUCAGGUUGUGAUGCAGGGUCAGUCCAGUAGAACUAGGAAGAAUCCAUCUUGUAAUACCUUACCGUCUUAUAACACCCCGAAAAAUCGAGAUAGAGAUGUAGGAAAUAGCAACAUUGGGAAGACAGGGAAAUUUGGGUUUGUGGUGGAUUCUGAAUUGGAUGAAAUUCCGUUGUCGGUGCCAUCUUCUGAGAUGGGUUUGAGUGAGGAUGAUGACACGUUGCCUUGGUUGAAUUAUUCCAUUGAUGAGCCUUUACAUCAUGAGUACUGUCAUGAUUUUUUGCCUGAAUUUUCUAGUGCAACUGCAAAUGAGGCUUCCUCCAAUCAUAAUCUUGCCUCGAUCGAUAAGAGGAGUAGUUCUAGUCAGGUGCUUAGGGAUUCCAAUCCCAAUUCUGCACAUGAAGAUGCUUGUUUGCAACAAAGGAAUGUGGGAAAGGUUGCUUUAAUCGGCCGUGCUGAUGUUAGCAGGCCUAGAACUGGUACUAGUCAGUUGUACUCGUUAUCAUCGCAGCAAUCUCAAGCAUCGUAUCCAUCUUUCAGAUCAAGGGUUUCGGAUACUGCUGGUGAUAAUACUAGUGCCACCCAUCGUGAUGUUGGCAAGAAUUCAAAUCAGAUUUCAUCUACGGGUGGUUUUCCUGGAAUGAAAAUGCAGAGGCAAGAUCCAGUAAUGCCUAGAAACACUAAUCCAUCCAUAAUGAACUUUACCCAUUUUUCACGGCCAGCUGCUCUUGCAAAAGCUAAUGUUCAGAACAACGGUGCGAUGGCUGGCUCAGGUUCAUCAAGCAUGGAAAGGAUUGAAAACAAGGACAAGUUUUCAGCUGCAACCAGGAACAAUCUGCCCGAGUCAAUGCUAAUUGAUUCAAGCAGUGGUGCACCGAAGGAGUCAAAUUCACAAUGCCAGCCAAUUCUAGUGAGAUCCAGUGAUGAAUUGAAAGCAACAAAAGCUAAGCCUCUCGAGGAACCAUGUACUGCUAAGCGGUCUGAGGGGGCAUGCCAAGAAGAAACCUCUAAGAAUGACAUAAACGCCAAUGAUAAACCUUGUGAAAGUGCUAGUAGGGUAUCUCCGGGUGGUGAAAAAACUCUGGAACCUGUUGUUGCUUCUUCUGUUUGCUCAGGCAAUAGUGUGGAGAGAGGUUCAGAUGACCCAACACAUGCUUUGAAGAGAAAAUGUCGUGAGACUGACGAGUCUGAAUGCCAUAGUGAUGACGUAGAGGAUGAAUCUGUGGGUGUCAAGAAAGGAGCUCAUGCUCGGGGCAAGGGUUCCAAGAGAAGCAGAGCAGCAGAAGUGCAUAAUUUAUCGGAAAGGAGGCGAAGGGACAGAAUCAAUGAGAAGAUGCGUGCGCUACAGGAACUCAUACCGAAUUGCAACAAGGUGGACAAAGCUUCGAUGCUCGAUGAGGCUAUUGAGUAUUUAAAGACGCUUCAACUCCAAGUACAGAUUAUGUCAAUGGGAGCUGGUAUGUAUAUGCCACCAAUGAUGUUAUCACCGGGAAUGCAACACAUGCAUGGACCCCGUAUGGCUCAUUUCUCACCCAUGGGUGUUGGAAUGGGAAUGGGAAUGGGAAUGGGAUUAGGCAUGGGUUUUGGGAUGGGUAUGCCCGACAUGAAUGGUGCAUCUUCUAGUUACCCUAUGCUUCAGGUGCCCCCCAUGCAAGGAGCACAUUUCCCUGGUCCACAUAUGGCAGGGCACAACGCCUUCAAUGGGAUGAUGGGAUCUAACCUUCAGAUGUUUGGGCUUCCUAGUCAAGGAGUUCCUAUGCAGAUGCAAUGUGCGCCCUUAGCUCCCUCAUCAGGAGGUCCCCUUGUGAAGUCAUCUGCAGGACCAAAUGCAGGCAGUUCAGGAGGACCUGUGGAAAAUGUGGAAUCAGCUCCAGUUUCUGGUUCAAAGGAUUUGGUGCAGAACAUGAACUCUCAAGUGAUGCAAAACAACAAUGCCAAUAGCUCUAUCAAUCCAACAUCUAGUCAGGGCCAAGCAACAAAUGAGGGAUUUGGACAGACUGCAUUGGUGCGAAAUAAUGUUCAAGCGGCUGAUGCUAACAACAACAGAGCUAACAGAUAAUGGAAUGAUCUUGCGCUUAGUUGAGCAGCUAGUGAGUGUAUAAAGGUUUCGGUUAACAAGUAGUUCUAUCUGUCAUUGGAGAAGAGAAAUCCAUGUUGCAGCAUCCUGAGAUUGGACCUUUUUGCCUUGCUUCUGAUCUGGGUAGAUACAUUUUACAAGUACACAAAAAACUGAAAAAGUACGAGUCGAUGAGGUUGUUUGAACCUUGGCAAUAACCAUCUGAAUUCUAAUUUCAGGAGAGAGUACAAUUACAUAUUGCACAGAUUUUGGUCCUUGAGAAGACUCUGCAGUACCUUCUAGCAUUUGUACAUUCACUUUGUAGCCGGUGAGGUAAUGCGAUGUCUACAAGUUGAGAAUAUACCGGACGUAUGUGUUGAUUAAUGAAAUGAUAGUAAUGUCUUUUAAGUAUAUCUGUCGUACUUUCUAUCUUUCUCUGAAGCCAUUUUGAUGAAAUAUGUUACGAUCGGUUUCUUUUUUAUGUCCCGAAAUUCCUUAUUAAUGAGAAAUGCUAGUGCUUUGAAAGAUAA